AAGCAUUUGAGGGCUAUGUGCCUGGAAAGGCAAAGAAUAUUCAGGCCAUUCAUCAUGUUUAAAAUACUUAUCAUCUUUUCAAUAUUCAUUGCAACAUCAUCCUCUGAACAUUCAUCAGAGAUUUCGUCUAGUCAACUUUUCACAUUUGCUCAGCCUCAGUCAUUCCUUCAGUUGCAACCAGAAUGGCCUUUGCCUGCCAUCAGGGAAGUAACUUUCAAAUUCAGAACAGAUCGGCCUCAUGGUCUCCUUCUCUUCCAUGGCUCCACUACAGAUACAAGCCUCUUUCCACUGUAUGAAUUAUAUUUAAUGCUAGAAAAUGGACAGCUAAAAAUCAUUCAUGUGUUCCGUGAUGGUCAUGAUGAAACAUAUUUUGUCGGAAAAGGCUUGAAUCGGGAUAAGUGGCAUCAUGUAACUAUGAGAAUUAAUCCUGGCACUGCUCAUUUGUCUGUCAGAGUGGAUGAAGAUACUCAAAUGACUAAAAGCAUAUCUGCUUUGACCCUUGAUCCAAAUUACAGUAUUAAAGAUGUUGUGCCUGAAACAGUAAUGUAUUUUGGAGGUCUUGAUCCUAAUAACUAUGCUACAAGUCAAAAAUAUAAUUAUGUGCGUUUCAUUGGAUGUCUUGGAAAAAUAAUGUUCAGUCAUUCAGGUACACCAUUAUCACCUACUCGAGUCAUUUUGGAAAAUCAGUUACAUCAUAAAUAUGUGGAUCUCUGUGAAAAGAAAAAUCCUUGUUUAUAUAAUGGACGCUGUAUUAAUCAUUAUACCCACACAUCAUGUGACUGUUUUGGAACGGGUCAUGAAGACAAAAUUUGUUUCAAUGCUGAUCCAGUAACUGUCACCUUCAAGGGAUAUUCUUAUAUAACUUACCGUGUUUAUGAUUGGAGAGAUCGUGUUCACUCGGAAGUUACAAGAAUUAGUUUCAGUUUUCGAACUUUCUUCCAAGAUUCUGUUCUUUUAUAUGCUCCAGGAGAACAUGCUAAUAGAAAUUAUGUUGCAAUGAGCUUAUAUGGAGGUCAACUGCACUUUGAAAUUAACUUUGGAGAUGGCCCUCUAAACUGUACUAUAGGAUAUUCAUUAAAUGAUGAAGCCUGGCACACUUUGACAAUGCUUCAUCAUGGAAAAGAUGUGAGCUUACAGCUAGAUUCUCGAUGGCAUGUCAAACUUGAAGCAAUAGGGCCUCAUCAUCAUUUGCAUUUAGAUCCUGAGUUGUACAUAGGAGCUGCACCCAAGAAAGCUCGAGGUUUGAAGUCAAAGGAAAAAUUCAUAGGAUGUUUACGUAAUUUUUACUUUAAUGACAAAAGUGUCCUGUAUGCUUUGUAUAGUGGAGAUAACACAGCUCGGUACUAUAGUAGGUUUGCAGCAGAAUAUGGAUGCGAUCUUACAAAUGUGAUCCCAGUGACAUUUCCUCUUCCUGAAUCAAAACUGGUUUUGACAAUGCCCAGUACUGUAAAACUGCAGCUGUCUUUAGAAUUCAAGACUUUACAAGGAAACUGUGUUUUAGCUUCUGGUGAAAUAAAAACAGAAAGUGGAAUUGGUGUCUGGGAGUUGUUGCUGCACAAAGGAGUAGCAUUAUUUGUUAUCAAUCGCUCACCAAAGGAUGAAACAUGGGCUUUGAAUGAUGAGAAAUCGGGUAAAAAUUUAGCAGAUGAUGAAUGGCAUCAUGUAGGAAUAGUCUAUGAUAGUGGUGAAGUGAAAUUAGAAGUUGAUUAUCGGCAUGCAUCUAAAGCAACUUUUACACAUCCUCUUGAAUUUAUGAGUCAAAUGAUUCUUACAACAAGUGCCAAAAAUGCGGAAAGAGGUUUUAUUGGUUGUAUGCGAGACAUUUAUGUUGCUGGGGAUUGGAUUGAUCCAAGAACUGUUGUGGAUACUAAGCAAGUAUCUGGCAAAGUAUCUUUAGAUAGCUGCUUAUUGGUCAAUUUGUGUAAUAAUCCUCAAGCUUGUGAGCAUGGAGGUCGAUGCUAUGUUGAAAAAGGUGAAACAUAUUGUGAUUGUGAGAGAACAGGAUAUACUGGAAGAACAUGCCACUUCUCUCUUUAUAAGCGCACAUGUGAAGAACUAUAUCUUGUCGGAUACAGAAAGAAAGGUAUCUACACUAUUGACAUUGACAGAAAUGGACCGUUACCUCCAGCACAUGUGUACUGUGAUAUGGGUGAUGAAAGCGGUAGUACAAUUGCCACAAGAGUUGAAAAUAACAUGCCUCCAGAAAUGGUUGUAAGAAAAGCUGGGAUGCAGUCAUUUUACAUUGAUGUCACAUACAGGGAAUUUACGCCAACUAUGUUACAGUCGCUUGUAAAACAUUCAAAAGCAUGCAGUCAAAACAUAAAAUAUGAAUGUUUCAAGACACCAUUAGGCUUACGGACUUAUACUUGGAUGAAAUCAUCGGGUAGUCAUGAAUACAUUACAAGCAUAGGCAGCCAGUCAGAAGGAUGCAAAUGUGCAGAAAAGCAUGAAUGUGCAAAUACUUCACUUCUAUGUAACUGUGACAUUGUAGAUUCUCGAUGGCGUGUGGAUGAAGGAGACUACACAAACCCAAGUCAUUUGGGCAUAACUAGAAUUUAUAUUCUUCAGCCA